GCAGAGCUUUCUACGCCGGGUCAUGCACCACCCAACUCUCCAUUCAGCUCUUCAUUAACUAUUGCAGCUCUCCGCCGGGUAAUAAACACAUUACGCAGCUCUGAUUACUUCUUAACAUCCUCUUACGGUGUUACCUCCAUGGAAUUUUAGCAGCUCUGAAGCAGAAGUUUGCCACUUAUUUCUUCCUGCGAUAAUCAGCAUUAACGAAGCGGACUACUACUGCCAUGGCUAUUAACACAGAUGCACAGUAUGAGAAGGCACUGGGGGGAUCAGGUAAUCCAUUGCCUGCAGACUCACAUGAGACUGAGAAGCUACUCAUAUCUGCCUCUGAGAUGAAGGAGGAGAAUGGCAUGAAGAAGUCUUUCUCAGUGACCAUGUCCAGUGACAAGUCCAUGGGGGACUUAGACCAGAACGGGCACAGCUUGCCCUAUAAGUCGGUAUCUGCAGGGCAGCUGGAGUCAGCCCCACUCUCACCCUCCAGGGCAAGUCUGGCCAGGGCUUCUUCUACAGCAACCACCAACGCCCCGGACCAGGGCAGGCCCACCGAUUAUCUCGUCCUGGCUAUCUUCUCCUGUUUCUGCCCUGUGUGGCCAGUCAACAUAGUGGCUCUGGUUUUCUCUAUCAUGUCACGGAACAGCUUGCAGCAGGGAGACAUGGAUGGAGCCAGGAGAUUAGGACGCCUGGCCAGGCUUCUAAGCGUGGUGUCUAUUUUGCUGGGGCUUAUUAUCAUCGUCCUCUGUAUCCUCAGCUUUACAGUUUUCCAAUAGAUCUUGCAGGUGGGACGGAAGUGAGAAACGGAUUCGUCCAUGGCCUGCCUUUUCCUUCAGACACUUUCUUGAGCCCUCACCGCAAGAGUAUCUUACAUUUUGGAUCAUUGUUGGAGGAAGGAGCAGGCCUUACUCUGCCCAACAUCCAAGGGAUUGCAUGCAGCACUUUAUACACCCUUGGGAAUUGACACAGGAUUUACAGCACACACAAACAAA